UUAUUUCCCUCUGUUCAAUUCCAUUCUCUAAAAGGGAAAAUACUAUUGAGAUAUGUAAAGCAUGAUGUUAGGUGGAAAUUAAACAGAAAUAGACCAAAGCAAAAAUGCUUUCUAAAGGUGCUGUGUUUGUAGAGGUGCUUGCUCAAUAUGUGUGAUGCAAAAUGGGGAUGCUUUGUGAAGAAAUCAUCCUUGUAAAGCCAUUGGUUCUGGUCAUCAGACUCUAUCCAAUGCUUUAGUGAUGAUGCUGCUGAUCUAUUUGGGAAGUUGGCUGGCUCUCAAGGCAGAGUCUCUUCUCAAAGGCUGUUUCACAGUGAAAAUAUGCUCAGUGCAGCCGAGUGCAUGAAUGAAAAAGCCUCUGGUACCUUCUAGUCUGGCAAAAUGCAGCACAAAACUCAACUUACUCUGUCUUUUCUGCUGUCCCAGGUUCUGCUGCUUGCAUGUGCAGAAGAUUUAGAAUGUGUCCCUGGAUUCCAGCAGAAGGUUUUUUAUAUAGAAAAGCCAUUUAAAUUCAGAGAGGACCAGCUGAUUCUGAACCUGAAAUUUGAUGACUGCCAGGGGAACAACAAAUUGAACUUUGAAGUUUCUAACCCAGACUUUAGAGUGGAACUCGAUGGGAAUUUGGUUGCACUCAAGAAUGUAUCAGAAGUUGGCAGAGCCUUGUUUGUGCACGCGCGGUCGGAGCACGCCGAGGAUAUGGCAGAAAUCUUUAUCCUUGAAGCAAAUGAAAAACGUGGGGCAUUAAAGGAAAUCUUAAAACUAGAAGGCAGCCUUGGAAUUCCAAGACAAAAAAGGGCUAUUUUGGCAACUCCAAUACUAAUUCCGGAAAAUCAAAGACCUCCAUUCCCCAGAUUAGUUGGCAAGGUCAUCAGAAGUGAAGGGACAGAGGGAGUGAAGUUUCGCCUCUCUGGGAAGGGAGUAGAUCAAGACCCAAAAGGAAUUUUUAGAAUCAAUGAGAUGAACGGGGAGGUCUCGGUGACCCGAACCCUCGAUCGAGAAGCGAUCGCCAAUUACGAGCUGGAGGUGGAGGUGGUGGAUAUGAACGGGAAGACCUUGGACGGGCCGGUGCGCUUGGACGUCUCGGUCAUCGACCAGAACGACAACAGGCCCAUGUUCAAGGAGGGCCCCUACGUUGGGCACGUCAUGGAGGGAUCUGCCACAGGAACCACGGUGAUGCGCAUGGCGGCGUUCGACGCCGACGACGCCGGCACGGACAACGCCCUGCUGCGCUACAACAUCCUCAGGCAGACCCCCACCAAACCCUCCCCAAACAUGUUCUACAUCGACCCUGAGAAGGGAGACAUCGUCACAGUGGUGUCCCCUGCGCUGCUGGACCGGGAGACUAUGGAAAGCCCAAAGUAUGAGCUGGUGAUAGAAGCCAAGGACAUGGGUGGGAUGGACGUGGGACUGACAGGCACAGCCACUGCCACCAUUCUCAUUGACGACAAGAAUGACCACGCACCAGAAUUCACCAAGAAGGAGUUCCAGGCCACAGUGAAGGAGGGGGUCACAGGUGUAAUAGUGAAUUUGACUGUGGGUGACCGUGACGACCCCGCCACGGGGGCGUGGAGAGCUGUGUACUCCAUCAUCAAUGGGAACCCAGGGCAGAGCUUUGAGAUCCACACCAACCCCCAGACUAACGAGGGAAUGCUCUCUGUUGUCAAGCCUUUAGACUACGAGAUUUCAGCCUUCCACACGCUGCUGAUCAAAGUGGAGAACGAAGACCCGCUGAUCCCGGACAUCACCUACGGGCCCAGCUCCACAGCCACGGUGCAGAUCACCGUGGAGGACGUCAACGAGGGCCCCGUGUUCCACCCCAACCCCAUGGCAGUGACCAAGCAGGAGAACAUCCCCGUGGGCAGCGUGGUGCUCACGGUGAACGCCACCGACCCCGACACGCUGCAGCACCAGACCAUCAGGUAUUCAGUGUACAAGGACCCAGCAGGGUGGCUGGAAAUCAACCCCACCAACGGCACCGUUGGCACCACGGCAGUGCUGGACAGGGAAUCUCCCUUCGUGCACAACAACGUCUACACGGCUCUGUUCCUGGCCAUCGACAGUGGUAACCCUCCUGCUACGGGCACAGGAACUUUGCACAUCACCUUGGAGGAUGUCAAUGACAAUGUCCCAUCCCUUUAUCCAACACUGGCAAAAGUUUGUGAUGAUGCAAAAGAUCUCAGGGUAGUGGUUCUAGGAGCAUCAGACAAAGACCUUCAUCCCAACACAGACCCAUUCAAAUUUGAGCUCAGCAAGCAAUCCGGCCCAGAGAAGUUGUGGAGAAUCAACAGGCUCAACAAUACCCAUGCCCAGGUCAUCCUGCUGCAGAACCUGAAAAAGGCCAAUUACAACAUCCCCAUCUCAGUGACAGAUUCCGGGAAACCUCCUCUGACCAACACCACAGAACUGAGAUUACAAGUGUGUACCUGCAAGAAAUCCAAAAUGGACUGCAGUGCCAGUGAUGCUCUCCACAUCAGCCUGACCCUAAUCCUCCUUUCACUCCUCAGUUUAUUUUGUCUGUAAGAAUUCUGCCAUUUGAAGCUGUCCUACCGAGUUGCCACGGCAACGAGAAGAAAGGAAGAAAAACCCCAUCAGCUCUGAAGAUUGCAGUUUACAAGGACUGUUCUUCACUGCUCGGCCUCAGUUGCUCCAGUUUAGUUUGCAAUCUCACUCAAUCUGUCCGACUGUACCUUGGUGUUCGACAGCCUCCGCCCCUCCGCCCUUUGGCCCUGGAUCCCUCCUGCAGGACACAAGGUUUACUCAAAAUUUACUCUGAAUGUUAAAAGACCAUGACACCCAAACCCCUACCUUGGGGUGAGCAGAAAAAAAAAGAAAAAAAAAAAACAACAACAACACCACAAAACCAGAUUGACUCCAUUUUUUUCUAUCUGUUGACUUGUUGCUAUUCAACUGUUCAGAAAAUAUUUUGUCUGUGGGUUAGUAUUUGUAUAUGUAUGAGUGUAUGUAUAUAUAUAUAUUUAUAUAGAGAGAAGAGUUAUACCACAGGUUUAGCUUUUAUAAAAUGUUCAUCUGGAGGGUGAGAGAAGGGAGGGAGCAGAAGAACAACACCACAGGUGAAUGGGAGCUGUGCCAGCAUGGCUAAACCUUCUGUGUUUGCUGCCCAGAGCAGCAGAGAGCCCCUGGCCCUUCUUGUACCUCAGGGUCAGCACAGGAGAGCUGCAAAUCCCCAGGGCUUGUUCCUGCUCUGAGCUGCUCUCCCUGCCCAGGGCAGCUGGGCGUGCAGGAGCAGCCAGGGGAGAGCAGCUCUGCCUGAUCUGAGAGGCCCAAGGGCUGAAAUGUUGGCUGGGACAGGUGGCAAAAUGUUUUUUAUCAGCUCUGCAGGUGAGAAGCUGAUCCAACAGCAACGCUCAGAGCUUGGCAGAGCACUGAUCUGUGCCUCAGCCUCUGGUGCCCUGUUCCAGAAAUCCCCUCACAACCACACCAACCCAUCCUUUUGGAGAUAUAUAUACAUACAUACACACGUACACACAGUCAAGAGUAACAAGAGCAUUUCUUUGUGUGUGUAAACUUACCACACCUGUUUGCAGACAGGGGAAAAAAGGGUGUUUGUUCUCUAUGAAUAUGGAUCCUUUUUUUAUUCUGUGAGCAUGUAAGGUCAAAAAAAAACAAACAAAAAAAAAUCCUUCUAACUGUAUGAAGAUGAUCAUCUUGUUAAUAAACUGUAAAUGAUCCAUCAAAGCUCACACCAAAUUUUUAUAAAAUUAACACAAAAAAGUAUACUAGUGACAGACUGUGGCUUUUAUUAGAGCUUGGCAGUAACUAGGGUAAGGUAAGUGUCUUAGAAUAUUUUAAUAAACUUGCUUAUUUAAAGUUUAAACAAGAAAGCUUCCUUAUGCAAUAGAACUUUGCAGCUGCACUCUUUAGUUAGCAUUUUUACAGUAAUUAUGGCUCAUACUCGAUGGCAUCCUUACUACAGUGAGGGUAUGAGCAUACCUUCCACACCACAUCUAUGGUUCAAUAGUAAAGAUUUUUGGAAGCAUUAAAAAUAAGUCCAGACAUACAUUUAGUUUCCCAUAAUGCUACACUAGAUAUUAAAUGUGUGUUGGUGGUUAAAAUUUGCUGUACAAUAGCUUUUCUCCAAGUUCCUGUAUUAUACCAAAUAUGAAACAGGUUUUAUUUUUCUUCCUUCCUUUUUUUUUUUUUAAUCAAAAGGAGUAAUAACAACAGACAGAGGAAAAAUGAGUUUGUGUUGUGAGCUUUCCUAACCCUGUAGAUUUCUUGAUAAGAUAUGAGCUGCCUUCAGAGCAGUUUUUCUCUUCCAGCUUAACUCCUGCAGUCCUGACCGAGUGAGAUCUCUGUGGCACUUGGGGGUCACUGGGGGCUGGCCAAGGACCCCAGGAGUGGCUCUGGCAGCUCCAGGCAUCCAUCCCAGCAGGAAUUGCCUGAUCCCAACCCUUGUCAUGGGCACACUCCUGGCCCUCUCUCCCCGCCCAUGCCUUGUAUGGACCCCUCACUGCUGCUUUGCCAUCAACAAUCACAUCUUUUUUAUUAAAAUAUAUAUAUAUAUAUAUUAUUUUCAAGCAAAUUUUUUUCCAAAAGGAACAAUUUAUCUACUGUAUGGCACCUCUGGAAUUCCAACGUGUAUGUUCAAUGAAUGCACCCAAAGAUAUUCUGCACCCUGUGCUUUCAGCUACAGAACCUCUAUCUUGAAUAAAAGAAAUUAUGUUACCCUGCCCCACAAAUACUCUUUUCUACUUGCUUUUUUCCUCUCUCCACCCAGCCAAACCCACCUCUGGAAAGAUCCCCCUUGACUUUGGUGUCAUUUCUGUCAAAUGCCAGGAAAAUCUGCCCUUCCCUGCUUUACACCCAGGCUCACAGAGCGUUUGGUGAAUCCUCCCAAGGGCAGCCAAGUGAGGAGCAAAGAGAAAACUCUCCUGCCUGGAGCUCCACAGCAAGGGGAAGACUCUUCCUACACCCUGUGCCCAAGGAAAAGAUCUUUCUUCUUGGAUCCACUGCAGAAUUUGAUGUGCAGAGAGGUCAGAGCCUGGCUGGAGCUGUGACCUGAGCUGCACCCAAGCCUCCAUCCCCAUUUUCCCUUUAUUUCUGCUCCCACAUUAAAGCCUCCCAGCCUCUCCCAAGUGUCCCAGCUCCAUCCCAGCCAUGCCAGGAGAAGAUGAAGCUGCCAUUUCAUGUUUCUCCCCAUUUAACACAGACUGUGGCACGUUCAUGGUGUGACACAAGCAAGGAACCACAGCAGAAUCUGAAUUUUCCUACCUGGACAAAGGGUAUCACCUCUGGCUCAGAAACCAAUGUCCAUUUCCUGCAACAAAGGAACAACAUUGAUUUAUCCAUUUUCCUACAAUACAAUGAAAAAGCAGAAGAUUUACACAAUUGGUUGUAUUAUUUUCUAGCAGUUGUUUCUGUUUAACAUUAAUUCAGCUUCAUUAAUUGAUUGAACAUUAAUUCAAGUUUGCGGUUUUUAUAACACACCCCUUAUUCCUACCCAGCUGUUUUAGCCCCACCAACAGUUAUUCAGUCUGUGUUUGUAGGUACAUAAAUUCUGUCUAGAUUUAGAAAGGCAGUGAACUUGUUGAUUAUCAUUUUGUAACAUGCACAAACUUACUUUUUAUUUGUUAAAGUCAUUUCACUUGGAAAGGCUCUGUGCUGUUGAAACAAAAAUUGGGAAUAACAAUCAGUGAGAGGGGUUUAUUAGCAAGGGAAAGGUUUCAUUUUUGGCGUGCUUGCUAACUGAACCCUGGUCUGUGCCCCUCGUGUGUGCUUUUCCGCUGUGCCCGUGUGCAUUUGUUAAUGUUCAUUUUGCUCAGAGUAAAAAUAAGGAAAAAGAGCUGAAUUUCCUGCUGGGUGAGGAGGAAGAUGAGGUGAGGGUGGAACACUGGUAGCACAGUCCCUGAGCCCUGCUCUCAUCAUGUUUAACUGCUGGGGGUCAAACAGCAGCUCCACCACCAGCACUGGGGUUCAGUUCAUCAUUUUUGGGUGGAAUUUUCCCUCCCCACAUGUUGCUUUUUGCUACUGGCUGUGAGCAGUGGAGCUGCAAUGUUUGCCACAGGAUUGCUGAGUGCUCACCCCCUAUCAAGCCUGGGGUUUGCCACAUCCAGCCACCCACAGGUGCCCUUCCUGACCACCUGGAGGAGUCUCCAGGGCUCCCAGAACAAUUUGGUUUAACCUUUAUUUCAAAUGGAUGGGGUCAAAUGAUUCGUUCUGCUCUCUUGCACAGUCAUUUUUCAGAUUACUAUAAUACAAACCUCAUUUAUUAAAUUAUGGACUUGCAAGCAGUUUGUAGGGCCCUAUUUAAAUGCCUUAUCACUACAAAAUGACAUCUACUAUAUUGACAACUUUUGUCUUUCCUUUACAAAGGCCUCCUGUCUGAAACACUGAGAAAGCUGCCAAUUUUCCUCUCAAAUGUUAUUAAUCCACUCAGAGCAGAAUUCUGCACACAAAUAAUUUUAAUAACUUACAAAGGCUAAGUUGCUUUUGGAAUAAGUUUAAAAAUCUUAUUUAAUUUAAAAAAUAAUUAUAUUAAAGUCACACAGGCUUGAGACCACCAAGUCUAAAGCAAAACUCUGCUCCUGUCUUGCCUUUGUUGCAUCUCUAGAAACUCUGUUUUCUGCGAGAUCCAGCUCAAUGCCAGCACAAAGAAAAAUAAAACAGCAAUUACUUCCUUGCAGUUAACUCUGUGCUCUUCAGCAGUCACAUGCAGUGCACAUCAGUAAUUAUCAUUAUGGAUAUUCCCUUCAGAGCAGACAGAGCUGAGUUUACAGCACGUGAGGCACUGGCUGCCCUUCCUGCCUCGCCCCAGCUGCUUUGGGUUGGUCCCAGCGGGAUGGAUGCAUCCCCCACUCCCAGAGGAAGGUUUCUGGUUGCACAACUGCUAUGUGUGUAUAUAUGUAGAUAUAUAGAGAUAUACACAUAUAAAUAUAUAUAUAUUAUAUAUGCAGGUGGAAGGAGAUGGAUACAACACAGGGGAUUUAGAAUGAGCAGUUUAAUUCAUGGGAUAAGGGACAGCAUGGGCUGCAUGUACUGAACCAGUCUGAUUUAAAGCAAAUUAAAAGGGCAAAAAUCCCACACACCAAACCCCAGGCUUAUCUCCGCUCUCCUGUUGUAUUUCUGCCACCCUGGGCUGUCCCCUCGUACCACAAUUCCAUCAGCUGAAGACAUGCACCAUUGUUUUCUGCCUCAUUUCCAGCUGUCUGUGGCUCAGCAGGUCACAGGAGUGCAAAGGGAAGGGUUCAGGGCCAGAAUUCCUCGUUCCUGAGCUUUCAGUGGGACAAUGUGGGACAUUCCUGAGCUUCCUGUGGGACAGCUGGUUGGGAAGGCUCCAUCCAGCCUUGAGCACUGCACUCCUCCUCUGCAUCAGCAAGUGGCUGCACUCUGAGAUUUGGGGUGAAAUAAAUGUAAUCCAGGGCCAGGCUGGGUGUUUGGAUGUGCACACACCCCUGCCUGAGGAAUAAAUCCGUGUCUGGGGGCUGAGAUGGGGAACUGAGCACAAAUGAGUUGUGUUGUCACUGCCAUUUCAGCCAGAACCCUCCGUAAAACCACACCUACCCCAAACAACCUCUGUCCCUUGAAGUUACCAUCAAGAUUAUUUUUUGAAUUUUUUUUUUCCAUUUUUGUUAGUCCAAACAAGGAGGAAAACAUUUUGUUUGAUUUUCAAGAUGCUUAAUUCAGCUGCUUUUCCAGUUAAUCAUUCCUUUGGGCCCUAGUUGCUGAAUCGCUUGCUGUUUCUGAGGUGUAAAUAAACAUUUUGAUUUAUGAUGUGGUUGCAAAGAAACUUGUAAUUUAUUUGUGAAAUGCUCAAAUAAAGGAUGUAUGGGCUUUUA